AUGACUUACGAGAAUGCGGAUGGUCGGGAUCAGGCCCCUGCGUCGAGAGCCAAAUCCCGCAAAAAUGACCCCAACGCACCGGUUCGGAAACGUCGCAAGAGAACCGUAGUCAGCGGGGCCCCCGAUGACUGCUUUACCUGUUCGAAACGAGGAGCCCGAUGCGAUCGCCGCCGACCCUACUGCUCUCAGUGCCUCGAUCUCGGUCGCGAAUGCUCCGGAUACAAAACCACCUUGACAUGGGGCAUGGGAGUCGCCAGUCGAGGGAAGCUCCGAGGCCAACAACUCCCGGUGAUGGAAUCCGAAGAGGAAUCGUCCAAGACUGCCAAAGGGCAAGAUAUGGGGUCCUCCAGCAGCCAUGCACAGCCGUCCUCACAGGCCUCAAAUCCUUCCGCGCCACCCAUGACUGCAGGGACCGCGGCCUCGGUAGAUCCAGGAUUGAGUGCCUUGAAUAAUAACACUCGGCGGCCGUCGGUGAUGUCGGAUGGAUCCGAUGCACAGAGGGGUAUGACAUGGACGAUGGACAUGCCCGACCCUCACUCUUGGACCACUACAUCUGCCUCCCCGCCUCAGAUUUCAGGACUGCCGGUACCCAACCGACCAAUGGUCACUAAUUCUGCGGCAUCCAGCUUCGGAACUGAGGUUCCAACGCAAUAUUCUACUGCAUUGAGCCCGGCCAGUCUCGCCACACCUGUUUGGCCCACUAUGCGACCAUGGGCUGCCGCGCAGCGUGUAACGCCGCCAUUACAAGAGACAGACGAGGAACAGGAGAAGACCAACGUUGAUUUCUCUGUUCUAUGGAAUGCCAGUGGCUCUCCGUCAUAUUCCCAACUGCUUCUGGCACGGUCUGUAGGGCGGACCCCUCGUCUUCGGUAUCUCAUCAGCUACUACGCCGAGGUCAUCGCGCCCAUGAUCGUCGCCUUCGACACCCCGACAAAUCCCUUUCGGGUUCACGUCCUUCGCUUGGCCCAGGAAAGCGAGGCGUUGCAGGAAGCGAUUGCAACGCUAGCCACGAGUAAUUUACGGCAGAGGCGAGUACGCAAUCAUCACUCUACCGAGAGAACUUUGCCAGCGCGCAUGUCAUCACUGGCGCACCGUGCCCUCACAGAUGAUGCUUUCCAAGAUCGAUAUGGGAUCUCGGUUCCCGAAGGAUAUGCACGAGAAGAAAAUCAUCAUCGUGGGAUGGCUGUGAAGGCUUUGAAUGCCGACUUGGCCGACCCUCGUCGCAGGUUGUCAGAUUCUGUGCUGGCGACUUUGCUCAUUCUUUGCCUCUUCCAUGGAUGCGACACUGGCGUUGCCGAGUUUCGGUCUCAGUUUGCCGGAGUCACAAGACUGCUCGCUCUUCGAAUGCGGCAUUCGCGCGUCAUGACGGAAGAUCUCAAGUGGUUUGUUCGCAUGUUCUCGUGGUUUGACACAUUGACGGCGACCACAAAUGACCGCGACGUGCAACUCCGUGGUACAUGUUUGGAUAUUAGCUCGAAGACCGACGGGGAGUGGGGGCUGGAGAAUCUUGCGGGUUGCGAUGGCCGCCUGUUCAAGCUCAUCUCCCAACUGGGGCGACUGAAUCUGCUCAGUCAAGAUCAGCCAACCACUGAAACACGACCAACUGAUGUUUCCAUCCCCACCGUCUCUCUUCCUCCAAAUAUGGUGUACCCCGGUUGGGAUUCAAUUACUUCUGCCUCCGGAUUUGCACCCGGUGCUGGAUUGGGCUUUUCCCUGCCAACACCACCCCAGAGUAGCGAUCAACCGAGGAGACCCUCCUCACCCGCAUUCUGGACCGAGUGGUAUUCCCUCCGACAGCGCCUCGAGUCCUGGCGAUUCGACCCGCCUGCCGAGGCCUCGUUUCCCUCGCCACCCUUAGCCGCCUCCCAACCAGCUUGGACUCCUCCCAACUUUAUCCCUUCACCUUCUACACCCUCCGACCCCUUCCUCGUCGCACCUGAAAAUCUCUCCGAUAUCUAUCAAAUCUCCGAAUGCUUCCGUCACGCCGCGCUGCUCUACUGUGAAAGGCUAGCAGAGCCGACUCUCCCGUCGCGACACCCACGCAUUCAGCAUCUCGUGCACCUGGCAAUGCAUUGCCUCUGUGCCGUGCAGUCGGAUGUCUACCUGCUGUGGCCGCUAUUCAUUGUCGGCUCGGAAUGUGUCCAGGAAAACCACCGGUCUGUUAUCCGCCAUCGCUGCAAGGAUAUAUCCAAGGACUCGGGCUUUGUGAAUAACCUGUCUUGUCUGGAGCUGCUGGAAAAGAUCUGGGCAGAACACUCUGAAGAGUCCUCGUAUCCCGUCUACCCUAGUGAUGCCGGCACCCCGCCUCCGCUGGAUGGAGGCGCAGCUCCUCCGACGACCUUGGCAUUCCGGUGGUCCCGUGUCAUGCAGGCUAAGCGAGGCGACGGAGAGUACAUGGUGGCAUAG